AUGGACUCUUCAAACUCCCCUACCUCAUCCUCAUCCUCAUCAUCCGCUCCUAUCCAACCCUUGCGUAACCCCAAAUACCGCCAUGUCUCCAAAUCAGCUGCCAAACGGGAAUCCGUCCAGAUGUUGGGAUCCAUCAAGGACCUUCAGCUGCACUUCUCCCGCGCUGGCAUGGUAGAACAUCGUCCAGGGGCUGGCGUAGGGGUGAAAGGUAAAUUUUUGACUUCGUUAGGUGAAGAUGUAGAAGGCGAAGAAAAUAGACCUCCAUCGUCUUUGAGUCAAAAUAGGAGAUCAUCAGAUAGGAAACCCUACAAGGAAGUGGAAUUACCUAGGAUAGACCCAGAGGACGCAAGGAGAGAAGCAAAGAAUAUGAUCAACGAUGUAAGAGGUAUAUGGGGCUUGUCGUUACCUGUACCUGUCUCACCAAAUUCAGCUACAACAUCAGGAUUACCAUCCAGUAAAAGUCUGUAUUUCCCUAUCAACUUUGAUGAUGACAACUUCGGAGGCAGAGGUGAGAUGAGAACCUCAGAAAAUAUACAGAACGCUUUGGUACAAACCGCUCAAUCAAUCAGACGGAUAAGGUUCUUAGCUUUAUCUAUCUCUCAUCAACAUAAUAGCGUCAGAAAAGUAUCAGGAGGAGGGCAAGCUUCAGGUUUGUUUCCUAGUAGACUAGGUGGGGCAGGUCAACUUCGAUCGAGUCUUUCCACCCCUUCAAGACCCAGUACUAGCAAACCUCUAAGAACAAUAUCAAACCCGAAUACAGCCAACGAGAGAAAGGCCAGUUUAGGUAUAUUAGACGAGAGGGAAGAUACAUUAGGAGAAUUGAGAAAAGCUGCAUUGGAAGUAUUGACCUGUCUACGAGAGCUGGAGGAAAGAUUAAGAUUAUCGAGAGACGAAGAUCGCGUUCAGACGCCCACACAAGACAGACCAUUCUCGCCAAAUUACGAAGAACCAGAAGAAGUAUUUUCUGAACCGGACAAUGAUGAUUCCGAAGAAGACGAGUUGUAUAACCCUAAUAACCUAGCUAUGAAUUCCGAGGAUAAGAGUACGAUGACAAAUUGGGAAGAUAGGAUAUUAUCAGAGAGAAGGGAGUACAAAGAUUUGAAUGACAAUGACUGGGAGAAAGAGGCGAGGAAUACAAGGGAGAAUAUGGGUAAAUGGGUAGGGAUAGUGGAGAAACUGUUUGUAUUCGUCGACGAAUCGGCUGGACAGGAUGGUGGACAAGGACUGGAAAGUUGGGCGAGGGAUGAAGACUGGCACGGCAAGAAAUCAGAACAACUCCACGCGUUCUUGGUUUCGAAUCUACCACUUGACCUGGCAUUAAGGUUACCAUCUACUCAAUCUGACAAUUUUGAAUCUAGCUUGUUGUCAAGAUUAUCUGAUGGAUAUAUCCUGAUAGACGCAUACAAUUCGUCAUUGAUGAAAUCAUCCAAACCAUGGGGGUUCAUACCCGAUGGCGAUGUUCAUGAUACACUCACCUCGCUUUCGAUUAGCGGUCAAGUAUCUCCAUCGAAAAAUGCAUCGUCGGAAGAGGGUAGAAAAGAGAAAGAAUGGACGUUUAGGAGAGCUGGAAACUUGACUUGUUUCGGAGCCGCCCUGAGACAUCGAUACCAACUCCCCAUUUCUAUGCCAAUCACAUCCACCAAUUUACCUUUACCCCCCGUCCCUCCCAAAUCAUCUCUACGCCGUCCCAGACCGUCUAUCGUUACUUCCUCAUCUACCACAGCAGCAGAAGAACGAAUCGAGUUCGAUCCUAUGAUUGUAGCUAAGAAGGCUCAAGGGUGGGAUGUGAUGUUUAGGGGGCUGAUUGAUAGGUGGUUGGGGGAAUUAGUCAAAGAAGUAAGGGAGAGUAAAGGCCAUUUGUUCGUACAAAAGGACGAAGGGAGUGGGAGGGUCGAGAGAGGUGGGAUGAUUUAA